GCGCCGUGCGGUCUGUUGCCGGAAGUGCUGCGGGUGAUUUCGGGUUCCGCUGGGAUUCGGUUUCGGUUUGACAUGGACGAACUACACCGGCAGAUCCUCACCCGGAACCGGGUCCGGCUAGUCACCUCCCUGCAGGUGGCGGAUCUGUGGGACCCCCUGCUGGAGAAAGGGGUCUUCACCGGAGACAUGAUAGAGGAGAUCCGGGUGAGAGAAUGGGGGCCACAACGGGGGAGAACGGGGGGCCACACCGGGGGAGAAUGGGGGGCCACGGGGGCCACACCGGGGAGAACGGGGGGGCCACCGGGGAGAGCAAUUAGGCCACACACCGAGAGGAGCAGGGGAGGGGGCCACCGGGGAGGAGCAGAGGCCACACCGAGGGAGAGCAGGGAGGCCACACACCGGGGAAAAUCGAGGGAGCCACACACAGGGGAGAACAGGGGCCACACAGGGGAGAAUAAGAGGCCACACCGGGGGAGAACAGGGAGGCCACACCGAAGAAGAACAGAGAGCCCACCGGGGAGUGAGCAGGAGGCCACACCGAAGUAGAGGCCACACCGAAGCAGGGAGCCCACCGAAGGGGAGGGAGCAGGAGCCACACCGAGGGAGAGGCCACAGGGGCCACACCGGGGAACAGGGGGCCACACCGGGGAGAACAGGGGAGCCACACCGGGGAGAACGACAGGGGCCACACCAGAGGAAGGAAAUAGAGGCCACAGGGGGCCACACCGAAGGGGAGAACGGGGGCCACACACCGGGGGAAAACAGGGGGCCACACCGGGGAGAACAGAGGCCACACCGAGAAGGGGAGGAGCAGAGGCCACACCGGGGGAGAAUAAGAGGCCACAGAGGCCACACCGAGGGAGAACAGAGGCCACACCGGGGAAAGAAUAGGGGCCACGAGGCCACACCGAGAGGAUAACAGGGGAGCCACACCGGGGAGAACAGGGGAGGCCACACACCGGGGGGAGGGAGCAGGGGCCACACCGAGAGGGAAGAACAGGGGAGGCCACACCGAGGGAGGAGGAGGAGCAGGGGCACACUUGCAGGAGAACAGAGAGCCUCACAGAGGGAGAAUAGGGGCCACACCGGGGAGAACAGGGGCCACACACCGGAGUGAAAUCAGGGGGCCACACACCGAGAAUGGGGAGAAUAGGGCCACACCGGGGGAGAAUGGGGUCCACACCGGGGGAGAAUGGGGGGGAGAAUGGGGGGUCCACACAGGGGGAGAAUGGGGUCCACACAGGGGGAGAAUGGGGUCCACACAGGGGGAGAACGGGGUCCACACCGGGGGAGAAUGGGGCCAGAGCCCACAGGGUGAGAAUGGGGCCGUAUAGGAGGACCACACCAGGUGAGAAGGGGGCCACAGGGUGAGAAGGCAGCCACACAGGAGGACCACACCGGGUGAGAAAGGAGCCAGAGCCCACAGGGUGAGAAUGGGGCCACAGGGUGAGAAGGCAGCCACACAGGAGGACCACACCGGGUGAGAAAGGAGCCAGAGCCCACAGGGUGAGAAUGGGGCCACAUAGGGUGAGAAGGGAGCCACACAGGAGGACCACACCGGGUGAGAAGGGGGCCAGAGUCCACAGGGUGAGAAUGGGGGCACAUAUGGUGAGAAUGGGCCCACAGGGUGAGAAGGGGGCAAAGGCCACAUAGGGUGAGAAGGCUGCCACACAAGAGGACCACACUGGGUGAGAAGGGGGCCACACAUGGGAAGAGGGACACUCAGGGUAAGAAGGGGACCACACAUGGGAAGAGGGACAAUCAGGGUAAGAAGGGGACCACACAGGAGAAGAGGGCCACUCAGGUUGAGAAGGGGGCCACUCAGGGUGAGAAGGGGGCCACACAGGGUGAGAAGGGGGCCACACAGGGUGAGAAGGGGACCACACAGGGUGAGAAGGGGACCACACAGGGUGAGAAGGGGACCACACAGGAGAAGAGGGCCACUCAGGGUGAGAAGGGAACCACUCGGGGUGAGAAGGGAACCACUCGGGGUGAGAAGGGAACCACUCGGGGUGAGAAGGGGACCACACAUGAGGACCACACAGGAGAAGAGGGCCACUCAGGGUGAGAAGGGGCCACAAAGAAGUAGGACAGGCUUCCCCAAAUUCCGGCCCUCCAGAUGUUGCUGAACUACUCCCAUGAUUCUAUGAAUGAAAUGGAUAGUCUGAGAAUCAUGGGAGUUGUAGUUCAGCAACAUCUGGAGGGCUGACAUUUGGGAAAGCCUAGAGUAGGGGAUUGUGCUGCUUACUGUAAGCCGUACCAAGGCUAGUGUAAGACCUUACUGUUUACACUGCACAUAAACAUCUCAGCCCUUUGACAAAUAGUUGACUCUAAAUUGCGUACCUUCUGGCACUCACUAGGUUAAAGGACCAGGAAUUAUCCCCAUCUCAUGGACCAUAAUACUCCAACACCCAGAUCCUCUGAUCCAGAGUCAUUAAACAGAGCCCACAACUCCCAUGCUAUUAGCCAGGCAUUAACCAGGUUUGAAUUUCUUCUCACCAGAGGUAAAUUUGUACUCUCCAAUGGCUAGUGGAGAGAGGAACCUUUUAGCCAUGCAUUAUAAGACUACUGUCUGUUUUAAAUUUUUACUUUUACCAUGUGGCACUGGUAACAGAUGCUGGUUUAGGUCAUGUUACAAUGUUGUUUAUUUUAGAUUAACACACAGUUUUUGUGAUUGUCCUGGCAGAGUGCAGGUACACGAAGGGACCAAGCACGACAGUUAUUGAUUGACCUUGAAACGCGUGGAAGUCAGGCUUUCGCUCUGUUUAUCCAUUGUCUAAAGGAAACGGGUCAGCAUGAGCUUGCACAGCAUCUUUUGGGCAAAAAUGAGCUACCUGAGAUAGAGCCUGCUCCAUUCGUGCCAAAUCCAGACUAUAUACCACAAUAUCCAAACGGUAUGUUGGCAACAUAAACAGGCAAUCCAGUACACAAAUCAUGUCUUACCAUCAAAAAUGGAAAAUACUCCAAAUCCAACCAGUUACCUGUUAAUCUAUUAUUAUCUUAUCUAUCUGACUUUAUUUUAAAACUACACAACUAUGAUAUUCAUUAUCUAUUCAUAAUGUAUUUUAUAGCUAAGGUUUAAAGUUUUAUCUGGAUGACUGUAAAUGAUAUCUGUGGCUCUACUGCAGGCUUUAUACCAACUUAUCUCAAUGAAGUCGUUACGGGGGAUGCUGUCACUGCACUCUUCUCAUGUAAUCAUGUCUUUAUGUAGUUAAGUCAGCAUGCCUACUGCAACAAGCUUGCUUUGAGUGUUCUUUUAAAGCAGAGAUGGGGAACCUUUGGCCCUCCAGAUGUUUUGGACUACAUCUCCCUUAAUGCUCUUACAGCCAUAACGCUGGCAAAGCAUCAAGGGAGAUGUAGUUCACAACAUCUGGAGGGCUGAAGGUUCCCCAUCCCUGUUUUAAAGGAACACUAUAAUACUAGUAGUACAAACUUGUAUUCUUAAAGGGACACUAUAGUCACUAAAACAACUUUAGCUUAAUAAAGCGGUUUUGGUGUAUAAAUCAUGCCUCAGCAGUCUCUCUGCCCAGUUCUCUGCCAUUUAUGAGUUAAAUCACCUUGUUUACACAGGCCUAGCCACAGCUCCCUGCAUGUGACUUCAUAGCCUUCAUAAACACUUCCUGUAAAGAGUCAACUAAUGUUUAUACUUUUUUAAGUGCAAGUUGUGUUUAAUUAAGAUUUUAUUAUCUUCUGCUCUGUUAAUAGCUUGUUACACCCUGCAGAAUCCUCCUUUAUGUAAUUAAAGUUCAAUUUACAGAGCAGGAGGUAAAAACGUUUAAAGUAAGUUACAUCUGACUGAAAGUGAAACCAUUUUUUUCAUGCAGGCUGUGUUAGUCACAGCCAGGGGAGGUGUGGCUAGGGUUGCAUAAACAGAAACAAAAGUGAUAUAACUCCUAAAUGGCAGAGAACUGAGCAGUGAAUCUAUGUAUGAAAACUGCAUCAUUAAAGGACCACUAUAGUGCCAGGAAAACAUACUCGUUUUCCUGGCACUAUAGUGCCCUGAGGGUGCCCCCACCCUCAGGGACCCCCUCCCGCCCGGCUCUGGAAAGGGGUAAAACUUACCUUUUUCCACCGCUGGGCGGAGAGCUCUCCUCCUCCGAUCCUCCUCUUCUCCUCCCGUCGGCUGUAUGCGCACGCGCGGCAAGAGCUGUGCACGCAUUCAGCCGGUCACAUAGGAAAGCAUUCAUAAUGCUUUCCUAUGGACGCUGGCGUGCUCUCACUGUGAAAAUCACAGUGAGAAGCACGCAAGCGCCUCUAGUGGCUGUCAAUGAGACAGCCACUAGAGGAAAUAGGGGAAGGCUUAACCCAUUCAUAAACAUAGCAGUUUCUCUGAAACUGCUAUGUUUAUGAAAAAUGGGUUAACCCUAGCUGGACCUGGCACCCAGACCACUUCAUUAAGCUGAAGUGGUCUGGGUGCCUAGAGUGGUCCUUUAAGCUAAAGUUGUUUUGGUAGCUAUAGUGCCCUGCCUUUUUGGCAUUGUAGUAAUAAAUGAAGGAUCUUUGAUUGCCUUUAACAAGCUCAGAGGCUCCUUCACUGCUGCUUGCAUCUCGACCCCUAUGGUGUCACGGAGGAGGCAUGUACUCCCCCUUAGCCAGUCCAUUCUAAUGCUCCUCAUGGAGGACCAAAUGUACAAACGUGGCGAGCAUUGAAUCAGUUCUUUCCAAAGUGGGAUGCAGUCACGAGUUUUACUCCGUUAUUGAAGUAGAAAGUGCUUCCAGUGGCUGUCAGUGUAAUAGCCACUAGAAGUGUGUUUCCCCAUGCAAUGUAAACAUUUUUACAAAACUGCAAUGUUUCACAUUGCAGGGUUAAACCUAGAGGAUCACUGCACUCAGCCCUCAUCAUUGAGAUGAAGUGGCCGGGUGACUUUAGAGUACUUUUAAAGAGGAACACUCACUUUCCAUGGUUUUUAAUAUUAUGUUUACUUAUUUCCUGUUUUUAACAAAUAUGUGUUUGUGAGCUUUGAAAAAUUAAAUUAGAUGUAGAAAUCCACACCGUUCUAUUUAAUUCUUUCCUGGCACUCUUCAGCUCCAUCUAGGCUCACUGUCAAUCCUUAUUAGCUCUGUUAUUGUUCUGUUAUUGAACAUAAUCAAGAGAGGACAGAAGGAGAACCAUACAUUCUGUUUGUACUGGCUGUCUGUUUGUCCUAAAUAACAAAUGUUAUUUAUUAUGAAGAAUACAUUCCUAUUUCUCUAGUUUUGAAUCUUCAGGAUUUCAGGGAGACCUGCAACUGACAAAUUACAUUUUGUCUCUUCAGAUAUACCUUCAAAAAAAGAGAAAAUCUGGGACAUUGAGCAGGUUUGUUGUAUAAUUAUUACAUUAUAUAUAUUAUAUAUUAAAUUACAUGAGCCACAGAGACUACAUUAGAGGGAGAAAAAGCAAGUAAAGUGAAAGGGACAAUGAAAGCGCUGUGCGAGGCUGACAUUUUCUGUGCAAAUAUGAUGAACUCUCACUGUUGUAGAACGUUAGUGUCCAGGUACGGAGCAGAUAUUUUUUUUCUGUUUAUUUAUUCCAAAUAUCCGUAUAAAGAAGUAAUUCGGCAGCAGCGAGGGGAUGAGUACAUGGAUUAUACUGCAGGAUGCAGUGCUUAUGGUGCUUUCUGUUUAGAUUUGCUUUAAAUGCAGCAAAACAUGUCCUCACCUGCAGCUGGCACAAACUGAUACACAAGGAAUUCAUUGCAGUAAUAUAAUAACUGUCAGAAAGAGAAUAUUAUACAGUAACAUUAUGUAUGGUUUUAAUAAUCCUUGUCCUCUUCCUUUAGGAUUACCCAAUGAAGUUUGAGCCCUGUGGCUUCUGCCUUAUUGUUAAUAACAUGGAGUUUGAUGAGGGCACGGAGUUAUCGUACAGGAAAGGCUCUGACAUAGACCGCCAGAAGCUGGAAAACAGAUUCCGCUCAUUUCAUUUUGAAGUUCUAGUAAAGAAUAACUUGAAGGGAUCAGUGAGUUCUAAACACUCUUCUUCAACUCCCAUUUAAUAGUCUGUACUGCACGUUCCAUCUCCCGCUAAUAGUCUGUACUGCACAUUCCGUCUCCCACUAAUAGUCUGUACUGCACGUUCCGUCUCCCACUAACAGUCUAUACUGCAGGUUCCGUCUCCCUCUAAUAGUCUGUACUGCACGUUCCGUCAUCCUCUAAUAGUCUGUACUGCACGUUCCGUCAUCCUCUAAUAGUCUGUACUGCACGUUCCGUCUCCCACUAAUAGUCUAUACUGCAUGUUCCGUCCUCCACUAAUAGUCUGUACUGCACGUUCCGUCAUCCACUAAUAGUCUGUACUGCACGUUCCGUCUCCCACUAAUAGUCUGUACUGCACGUUCCAUCAUCCUCUAAUAGUCUGUACUGCACGUUCCUUCAUACACUAAUAGUCUGUACUGCACGUUCCGUCUCCCACUAAUAGUCUAUACUGCACGUUCCGUCUCCCACUAAUAGUCUGUACUGCACGUUCCGUCUCCCACUAAUAGUCUGUACUGCACGUUCCGUCUCCCACUAAUAGUCUGUACUGCACGUUCCGUCUCCCACUAAUAGUCUGUACUGCACGUUCCAUCAUCCUCUAAUAGUCUGUACUGCACGUUCCGUCAUACACUAAUAGUCUGUACUGCACGUUCCGUCUCCCACUAACAGUCUAUACUGCACGUUCCGUCUCCCACUAACAGUCUAUACUGCACGUUCCGUCUCCCUCUAAUAGUCUGUACUGCACGUUCCGUCAUCCUCUAAUAGUCUGUACUGCACGUUCCGUCAUCCUCUAAUAGUCUAUACUGCACGUUCUGUACUAAUAGUCUAUACUGUUCCGUCCUCCACUAAUAGUCUGUACUGCACGUUCCGUCAUCCUAAUAGUCUAACUGCACGUUCCGUCAUACACUAAUAGUCUGUACUGCACGUUCCGUCCUCCACUAAUAGUCUGUACUGCACGUUCCAUCAUCCUCUAAUAGUCUGUACUGCACGCUUCCGUCUCCCACUAAUAGUCUGUACUGCACGUUCCGUCUCCCACUAAUAGUCUGUACUGCACGUUCCGUCUCCCACUAAUAGUCUGUACUGCACGUUCCGUCUCCCACUAACAGUCUAUACUGCACGUUCCGUCUCCCACUAACAGUCUGUACUGCACGUUCCGUCUCCCACUAAUAGUCUGUACUGCACGUUCCGUCUCCUCUAACAGUCUGUACUGCACGUUCCGUCUCCCACUAAUAGUCUGUACUGCACGUUCCGUCUCCCACUAACAGUCUAUACUGCACGUUCCGUCUCCCACUAAUAGUCUGUACUGCACGUUCCGUCUCCCACUAACAGUCUAUACUGCACGUUCCGUCUCCCACUAAUAGUCUGUACUGCACGUUCCGUCCUCCACUAAUAGUCUGUACUGCACGUUCCGUCUCCCACUAAUAGUCUGUACUGCACGUUCCAUCAUCCUCUAAUAGUCUGUACUGCACGUUCCGUCUCCCACUAAUAGUCUGUACUGCACGUUCCAUCAUCCUCUAAUAGUCUAUACUGCACGUUCCGUCUCCCGCUAAUAGUCUGUACUGCACGUUCCGUCAUACACUAAUAGUCUGUACUGCACGUUCCGUCCUCCACUAAUAGUCUGUACUGCACGUUCCGUCAUACACUAAUAGUCUGUACUGCACGUUCCGUCAUACACUAAUAGUCUGUACUGCACGUUCCGUCAUACACUAAUAGUCUGUACUGCACGUUCCGUCAUCCUCUAAUAGUCUGUACUGCACGUUCCGUCCUCCACUAAUAGUCUAUACUGCACGUUCCGUCAUCCACUAAUAGUCUGUACUGCACGUUCCGUCAUCCACUAAUAGUCUGUACUGCACGUUCCGUCUCCCACUAAUAGUCUAUACUGCACGUUCCGUCAUACACUAAUAGUCUGUACUGCACGUUCCGUCCUACACUAAUAGUCUGUACUGCACAUUCUGUCCUCCACUAAUAGUCUAUACUGCACGUUCCGUCUCCCACUGUCUGUAAUGCACGUUCCGUCAUACACUAAUAGUCUGUACUGCACGUUCCAUCAUCCUCUAAUAGUCUGUACUGCAUGUUCCGUCCUCCACUAACAGUCUGUACUGCACGUUCCGUCUCCCACUAAUAGUCUGUACUGCACAUUCUGUCUCGUUAAAGGAUUAGUGAGUCCUAAACUCUCCUUCAGCUCCAACUAAUAGUCUGUUUUAUGCAUUCCAUGUCUGUAAGGGAUUGCAGAGCUUCUGCUACUAGCCUGCACUUUUGUCUUUUAGAAUAAUUGGGAGUUCUAAACAUUCAGCUCUCACCAAUCUAUAGUGGGCUUUCUGUCUUUAAGAGCUUAGUGAGUUCUAAACAUUCUUUGGGCCAUAUAACUAGUAAAGUAUUCCUUCUAUUACUCUAGGAAAUUUACCAAGAACUGCAGGAUUUGGCAGCCAAAGACCACAGUAAGCGUGACUGCUGCCUGGUGGUGAUCCUGUCUCAUGGCUGUGAGGUGAGAUUUAUUUUAUUUGGCUCCUGGAUAUAUUUUUCUUUAUUUACUGUCAGGGUUAAUGGAAUUUAAAAGAGAAUUUCUUAUUGUUGGACACCAGGAUCCACCAUCUCAUCAGACACUCACUCCCCUAGUGUUUGUGUUAAGAGAUCCUGUCGGUUGGCUAUACUGUUAUAAAUUCACUACACAGAUUAAUUACUUCUUAUCCCAAAGAAGGAAAAUAGGAAGAAAAAAAAACACUUUCAAACUUAUAAAUGCUUAUUAAUAUAUUGCCUGUUUAGUUGGGUCAGUCUGUAAAUAUAAUCUGACAUUGUGCUCUGGGCCAUUCUCUCUAUUUCUUUGUAAUGCUCAAUUUCACUCCUUAGCUUAUGUUUAUAAAUAUAGUCACAUGAGUUAGAGCCCUGCUCACCAGAGCUUGCAAUCUCGGUAGCCCUUGCUAUUCAGUAAGGGAUCACUCCUGUUGUCAUGUGAUAAAUUCCUCACACACACACAAGAUCCCUGUGUCUCCCUGUGAUGCAUUAAAGAAGAUCCGAUGCAUAACUGUUUGAGAUAGUUUUAGUAUAUUCAUCCAAGUAAACAUUAUGAAUGUACAUUGUUUUGUCAGAUAGCAAUGAAGUUUGAAUAUAUUGUUUACAUUUUGUGUCUUAUGGGGAAGCUAGUUUUGAUGAUGUUCUAAAGCGGUUUCUGAAGAGUAUAUAAUGCAGGCAUAACAUUUUAUGGCAUGUGUUUUGUAUUCUGUACACAUUGCAGGAUAACACCGUGAGCUAACAUCAGAAGUGUUUGUUUACUAAAAAGUGAAUUAAAAAUUGAAUUGUUAAAUUUAGGUCAAAAUAGCCGAUUUGUAAAAACUUAUCAAUUUGGCUGUAGUCUUAGCUUGGCCAGUUUAGCCUGAUUGUCGCUAUUCGCUGUUUGUCAAAUGUGUUUUGUCAAUAAAGAGUUCGAUAUAUAUGUAUAAGACCUUCUACAUCACCCACAUAAUACUCGUGUUAUCUGCAAUAAUUAAGGAUGAAUAAUUAAUGAUUCUUUUUCUGCUGCAGACACGACACAGGAAAUUUCCUGGUGGUGUUUUUGGGACAGAUGGGAUACGCAUUCCUGUGGAGAAGAUAGUCAGCUACUUCGAUGGCACCAGUUGCCCCAGUCUGCGGGGAAAACCAAAACUUUUUUUUAUCCAGGCUUGUGGUGGAGGUAAAAUUUUAAAUAAAUCUCUCUGAGAAAAUGUUUGGAAUUUUAGUAGGAUUGUGUGAAUGAAUCAUUUCAACCUCUCCUCCCUGCCCCUGCCCUAUCCAUCACUUACUUUGACGUUCACACUGUCCGCAUAUUUAAACCCACUCCUUUAAGAAUCGUCCCCCUGGUCAUCCUAGGCUAUUCCUAGGCUACCCCACUUUCUCUCCUCUAGCACUCCUUCCCUCAUACUUGAAGACUUUAAUCAACAACCUGAACUGCCCUGAUGCCUCGCGUCUGCUCUCUGUAACCUCCUUCUUCGACCUCACACAGUGGUCUACUUCAGAAACUCAUACAGCAGGAAACACUCUUGACCUCAUCUUCACCAAUCUCUGUACCACCUCUAAUCUCUCCAUUGUUCCAUUUCCUUUAUCUAACCACCAUCUCAUGAACUUUGACAUCGGCAUAUCCCGUACCCAGAUUUCACCACCCUCAACUCUCCAAACUCGCAGAAACCUCCACAGCCUUGAUCUCCAGCAUUUCUCCACCAAAACUCCAAACUCUCCUUUUACCCAUCUCAAAUCUCACUUGCUGUAACUCUGCAACCUCACUCUACAACUCCACUCUCUCUUCUCAACUAGACAUCAUGGCACCUCCUACAUUUAAACGCAGCAAGCGUUCUCAAUUACAACCCUGGCACACCAAGCUGACCCAGUAUCUCAAACAAUGUUCCAGAAAUGCUGAACGCUGUUAGAGAAAGUCUCACUUUCAAAAGUAAAUUACUUCAACACCCUCAUGAGCACACUGUCCCACCAACCCAAAAGCCUGUUACACACUUUUAAUGCUCUCCUUCGCCCUCUCCUACCACCUUGUCCGCCUCAAACUUUGCAACUCACUUCACUGAGAAGAUUUCUGCAAUCACGGAAGAGAUCUCUAAUAUCUCUCCCUCCCCUUCCAAUACAUCUUCCAAUAAAUCACCCAACCCCACUCACUCCACUGUUCUAUUCUCAUUCGCACCUGCUACAACAGAAGAGGUUUCCGCUCUGCUCUGGUCCUCUUGCCCCACCACCUGUUCCCUCGAUCCUAUUCCCUCAUAUUUCAUCUGCACUCUGUCUCCUUCUCUUUCUCUUCCUCUCACUAAAGUUUUUAAUCUCUCCCUUUCCUCCGGCACAUUUCCUUCACCCUUCAAGCAUACAACCAUAACACCAAUUCUGAAAAAGCCCAACCACGACCCCAACUUCCCAUCCAACUACCGCCCUAUAUCGCUACUGCCGUUUGCCUCCAAGAUCCUUGAGAGAGUUGUGUAUGAGAGAUUGAUAGACUUCCUCAAAUCCAACUCUCUGCUAGACCCGCUUCAGUCUGGAUUCCGUGCUAGUCACUCUGUUGAAACAGCUGUGACCAAAGUAUCCAAUGAUUUAAUCGCUGCUAAAUCUCGCGGUUAUUACUCUAUCCUAAUUCUUGAUUUUUCUGCUGCUUUUGACACUGUUGAUCAUCAACUCAUCAUUCUCUGUAAUCUCAGUCUACGAGAUACUGCUCUGUCCUGGUGCUCCUCCUACCUCUCCCAGUGCUUUUUCAGUGUUUCUCUGGCUAUGCCUCUUCUAUCUAACCCCUCUCUGUUGGUGUUCCCUAAGGUUCUGAUUUUGGUCCCCUACUGUUCUCCAUCUAUACUGCCUCCCUUGGUAAACUCAUCAGCUCCUUUGGCUUCCGUUAUCAUUUCUAUGCGGAUGACACGCAAAUCUACCUGUCCUCUUCUGAUCUCUCUCCGCCCAUCUUGACUCGUGUCUCUGACUGCCUCUCAGCGACUUCCAAUUGGAUGGCUGCCCACUUCCUUAAACUCAACCUGUCCAAAACAGAACUUCUGGUCUUUCCUUGCUACCAUCAGCUGCACCACGCAGGCUCGCUGCCUAGGUGUUCUCUUCGACUCCGACCUCUCCUUCACCCCUUAUGCCCAGUCUAUCAAAAAAUCCUGUGCCGCUUCCAUCUCAAAAAUAUUGCUCUCAUCCGGCUCUAUUUAACGCCGGAUGCUGGUCCAUGCCGUUGUUCUUUCUCGUCUUGACUAUUGCAAUCCCCUUCUCAGUGGUCUUGCGUGUUCCCUGAUUGCACCGCUGCAAACUAUUAUGAACGCAGUGGCGACGCUCAUUUUCCUGUGCGCCUGUACCUCCUACGCCUUCUCCCUCUGUCAGUCCCUAUAUUGGCUUCCUGUUAGAUAUAGGGCUCAAUUUAAGAUUCUGGCGCUUGCUUACAAGUCCCUACAUAAUGCUGCUGCAACCUAUCUAUCCUCCUUAAUACACAAGUAUGUCCCUUCGAUUCCCCUGCGCUCUGCUGAAGACCUACGUCUAUUCUCUGUACGUACUCCCACCUAUAAUGCUCGCCUCCAAGAUUUCUCCAGGGCUGAAUCUUUUCUGUGUAACUCCCUUCCCUUCUCCAUUAGACUUUCACCCAGUCUCCACUCCUUCAAAAAAAAUCUUUGAAAACACACUUCUUCAGGAAAGCAUAUCCUUUAAACUGUUAGCGGAUGUUCUUUUUUUUUUUUUUACAUUCUUUAUUUUUGUCAUGUAUGUCACAGCAUUAAAUGAUAAAUUUUGCAAGUGUGAAACAAUACAUCGCGAACUCUUCAUCGAUAACAUUCGAUCCUUUUAAAAUGCAAUCCUGAACGGGUAAGGCAGAUAAACAUCAACAUUUGUCAUUAUAGUCAGGUGUGUGGGCUUUGUAGCCCUGGUUCAUAACAGCGGAACCAUUAUUGAAAUCAGUCUACCAGUAUGUGUUGAAUGCCUUCAGGGGUUCCCUUGGGGUGAAGGUGUGUGUCUGUAUGUGUUAAGUAAAGCCCUACAUCGGCCCGCAAGCCCAUGAUCCCCCCUCACCUCUCCCCCAGCCUAGGGUCCCCGGGAUUGUGUUGUGCCCUGCCGUGUGAUUUCGAGUGAUAACCCCGGCACAAGUCCUCCAAUCGAUUGCUGUUUACUGAGACCUGUGGGGUCUAGAGUGCUUGUCUUUAUGUGCUUAUAUAUAGCUGCAUUCUUGGUAUUUUGAGCUUAUUGACCCUUUGUGUGUCAGCUGGAAGAUCUUGGUCCUUUCUGCAUCCGUGAGUUAGAUCCCUGUCUCUCUCUCCCACCGCUCCGUGAAGCCCAAAGGGCCCUUGUCUCCGCUGUUCACCAGUGCAGUAUACAGGGUUGAUACUCCAUGUGAGAGAUGUUGUCUGGCCGUGCAUAAUUCUUCAAGGUAUAGCAAGGGGCAGUGCACGUGGUCCUUCCCCGCAAUAGCGUUGUAGUAGGUUUUGAGUUGGUGGUAGUGGAAUUCAUCUAGUCCGGUUGGUCUGCGGUCUUGUAGCAGGUCUGUCAGGGAUUUGAGGUUCGGGCCGUUGCACCAUUGGCGGAGGUAAACCCAGUCAGGUGCCUGGAAGUUUGUAAGGGUAACAUAGCUUAGCCCUCCUGCCAGUCUCGGGUUGUUAGUUAUAGGUGUGAGCGGGUUGGGUGACGUGGUAAACCGCUUGGCAUACCGCACCAGGCCCUGAGGGUGACAUCGACCAUUGGGUUGCCUGUGCGGACAUCUCUGAACGUAGUCUCUCCCAGCCACGACAGGGCGGGGAUCUGCCCUUGCGCUUGUUGGAGUUCCAACUCCACCGAUUGCAUAGUGUUUGGGUUGGCGUGCCAGUCGACCAGUCGGUGUAAGUGAGUCGCCUGGUAGUACAUGAGUGCGGAUGGUAGUCCCAUUCCUCCUUCGCUCUUCGGUUGCUCCAGGAUCGAUCUUCGGACCCGUGUGGGCCGCUGGUUCCAGACAAACUGUCUGAUGUUGGUCUAUAGCAUCUGGAAGAAAACUUGGGGGAUGGCGGUAGGCAGCGUCUGGAACAGGUACAAAAUGCGCGGCAUCACAUUCAUCUUGAAGGCGCUCAUGCGGCCAAACCAUGAUAUGUACUGGGGCGUCCAGCGUUUUAAGUCCUGCUGUAGGGUCGCGAGGAGAGGGGCGAAGUUCAGUUGAUAUAUCUAUGUGAGAUCUUUCGGUAGCCAAGUACUGAAGUAUCGAAGUUUAGCUGCACAGAUUCCUUUUCGGCAUCCGUCGACAGGGGCACCACUUCCCGCUUACUACCUGUAGCUGCGUGGAUGAUGUUGAGGGCUCGGAUGGUAUUGUCCCUGGCCUCCCUCCCGGGUAUGAAACCAACCUGGUCUGGGUAUACCAGGUCCGGUAGAGCAUGUGUGAGUCUGAGCGCCAUUGCUUUGGCGAAUAUCAUCAGGUCCGCAUUCAGUAGCGAAAUUGGGCGGUAGCUAGCACAGUUAGUGGGAUCCUUGCCUUCCUUCGGAAGGAUUGCAACUAUUGCACUCAGGGUGUCCGUGGGGAACUGGCCACUGGUUCGUAUUGAAUUGAGGCCUGUCAGGAGUCUCAGUAGUAAAAUAUACUUGAAAGUGCAGAGGUAUGAUAGUGGUAAUCCAUCCGGUCCGGGAGCCCGGUGUGGCUUGGAGACUUUCAUGGCCCCAGCCAGUUCCUCGAUUGUCAGGGGUUGGUCUAGUUCUGCCUCUAGUUCCGGGGUGAGCCUCCGGACCACCUGGCGCUCAAGGUACGCAGUAAUUUGGUCCUUGUGGCGCCGCAUCACGGAACCCUCCCGGGCUCGCGCUUGGUCGUAUAAAGCAGCGUAGUAUUCCUGGAACGCUUGUAGGAUGCCUUCUGGUAAUCGUGUAACGCCUCUAUUCCGAGCCUGGAUCUUAUGAAUGAGUUGGGUCCUCCUUUUCUCCUGGAUUAUCCUUGCCAGUAACCUGCCACUCUUGUUAGAAUAUUUGUAAAAGAACCUAGCCAAUGGUUCUUUCGAGCAGUGAGUAGUUGUCCCUGCGAUAGUAUGUCCCGGAGUUCUCUGUGGGCCACUGUAAGGUGGAGGUAGGUGCCUUCAUCCAGUGUGUGUUUAUGUUCGUGUUCCAAUUCUGCAAUUCGUUUCGUUAAGGUGUUCACGCGUGCGGUACGGUCUUUUUUUGCGUUUGGUGCUCACUGCUAUGAGGUGUCCUCGGACGGCGCAUUUAUGCGCUUCCCAAAGCGUCAGGGGUGGCACCUCAGUCUUCUCGUUUUUGGCGAAGUAUUGGGUUAGGGUGUCAGCUGUCGCGGUCGUAAGCUCGAGGUCGUCCAGUAAGGACUUGUUAAGUUUCCACUGUCGUUCCUUAGGUUCGAACAGUGGGGAGCUUGUGCGUGCCAGCACCGGAACAUGGUCGGAGUGUUCCAUCAACCCGAUGUCUGUUUCUUGGAGCAGAGUCAGAUAUUCUUGCGCAAGGAAUAUGUAAUCAAUGCGACUGUAGUGCGUGUGAACCACCGAAAAGUGGGUGUAAUCUCAGUCUUCCGGGUGCUUCACCCUUCAGCAAUCCGCCAGCCCCAGCCUGCUCAGGGUUCGUAAGGUUGUGUGUGGGAAGUGCGCAGGCACCGCGCUUAUACCCCUGUAGGUGUCCAGGUGGGGGACGAACGGCAGGUUCAGAUCCCCUGCCACAACCAGCAAACCCUCCCUGAAGCUCUCCAGCUUGGUGAAAGUUCGGCUUAUGAAAGUAUGUUUUCUUCUGUUGGGACUGUACAAGCAUGCAAAUGUAUAUAUGUGUGAUCUGCUAGGGUGCCUUUGAGAAAGAGGUAGCGCCCAUUGGAAUCUAACAGUGUUGCAUUGGAAUGGUAUCGUGCGUGCGAACAGGAUUGCCACCCCUGCCUUCCUAGCAUCCGGGUGGUUUGCACAGUAUCCUGUUGGGAAGUGGCGGUUUUUAGCUUAGGUGCGUUCCCGCCUCUGAAGUGCGUCUCCUGCAAGAACGUCACAGACACCCUCACGGCCCACAGCUUAUUGAACAGGUGCGUAGGCUUCUCGGGCACAUUAAGACUCUGGACAUUGUUCGACCAGUACGUUAGCUAGGCCGGUGUGAAGCCCGAUUUGGCUGCUGCCGCGGUGGAGGGGGAACCCCGGGUCAGCCCCGGAGAGGGCCGGGGGGGGGCAUAGUGGGGGUUAGGCAGAGAGUAGGGCUAUGGCAUCUGUCAAAUGAGUUCAGGUGUGUGCAACAACAAAUGAGUUUUGGUGCAACAACGACCCAGUCCCGGGAGUAGUCGUUCAAGAGGCAGAGGUGUGUAACUCCGGUAAUAUAUACAGGUAGGGUCAGUCACAGUGGGGGCAGUGUAGCCACCUAUGGAGGUGGAGCCGUCCGGUCGAAGAUUUGUCCUAUCCUCUGUCCCUCUUAGUGGCACCCAUCCUGCGGGGGUUUUAAUUGGUUAUGUAUGGUAGCUGAUCUUGUUUAGGGGAGCUUUAUGUGUGUUGGACCCUCCGUCAGCAUCCGUGGUCUCUGUCCCUGCGCGUGCAGCUUUAUGCUGGUGGUGUGUGUGUCCCUCAGGACCCAUUCCCCGCUCCCCCGCCCAUCCUGUCAUGGUCCAGUGCAUCCCUUGUGUCCCCGUCCUCCAGGCCCCAGCCCACCGAACCCCAGGCCAGAUGAUUCCGUCGUGUAGCAUGAGUUUUCCGAUUUGUGCCCUGCAACCCUCUGGUCCUAUAUUCAGUGCCACCGCCACCCCCUACCAUUCGAUUUCAACUGGGGUUGAAGCAGCCAGUUUGCACAGAAUCACCAGGAGACAUUCACUUCAUUGUCAAAGCAGGUCACCAUCUAGGGCAACCCGGCAAGGGGGCGGGAAAGUUGACACAAGUUGUCCUGUACAUGACUGUGUGCGAAGUGGAGUCUCUCUGGGGGGGGGGGUCCAUCGGGUAUGUGUGUAUUAACAGUUGGACAUGAAACUUUUGUGCUUAACUAUGUCCUAGGGUCUAAUAGUAACUCGCCCGCUGUGCCCUUCACCGCCACACCAUGCCUGAGGGCAUGCAUCUGAUAUGCUCUGCCGGCACUCCGGUUCGGGACACAGCGGGCGCCUGGGCCCACCCCCGCCCCACACUACCCUGUAUCCCAGUGCAGCUUGUAGGUUAGAAGACCUGGAUCCAGCCCCCCAGGUGUCCCAUCCUGUGGCAUAAUGCGUGUUGCCACUGGCAGUUUAAGUUCUCGAGUCCCCCGGUCAGGUACGUCCUGGCCCUCCAAUUGCGUCUCGCAUGCCCCGCUUCCCACCCAGCCUCAGGGUUCCCCACGGGUUCUCUCCUCACCCCACUUGGGCGACUUACUUUGGUUAGGCCUCCUCACCCGUUGAGCUCCCACCUGGAGUCCCCGUCCCACCCAACAUACAAGGCUCCCCAAGAUGCUAGUCUCUUUAGACUGUCGGGUGUUCUACUAAAUUAGCUAGGGCUGCUAGGACAGUACAUACCCCAUCCGAGGCCUUCAUGCUGUCCCGGCCCGGGUUGUGAGUACAGUGCUGCAAGGGCUGUCCGCGUCCAGGCUGGUGCUGUUCUGAUCGGGGCAGGGGUGCGGCUCCAUCGUGUGCUGUCGCUUCGUUACUGGGGACUAUUCUUUGGGAUCCAGUUCGAGAUUGGCACAUCCGGCAGCCCGGAGGAAACAGGGCACAUCAUUAGGUAAUUGGAUGAUGUGCCAGACAUUACCGACCCUGGCCUGAAGGCUAAAUGGAAACCCCUAUUUGUAGAGGAUUCUCCUUUUCUGCAGGAGGCGGGUAAGCGGCCGCAGGGCCCGGCGUGUUUUGAGGGUGAUGAUCGACAGGUCCUGGGAUAGGGGGACCUGGGCGUCCAUGUAGGUGAUACGUUGUUGUGCUCUGGCGGCUCUCAUGAGGGCCUCUUUUAGCUGGAAUGACACCAGCGAGCAGACGACAUCCCUGGGUUGUCCGUCCCUUCUGGGGGCUCUUAGGGCCCGGUGAGCCCUUUCAAUGCUGAAGUCUUGUGGCGCCGCGUCCCCCAGUAGGUGCGUAAAUAGGUCCGGGAGGAUCACUUGCAUCGCUUCCGCCUCCGGUAGGCCCCGGAUCCUGAUGUUAUUCCGGCAGCCUCUAUUAUCCAGGUCCUCGAUCUGCCGGCGGAGGUCCAGGAGGAUGUUGCCCUGUCUCGUGGUGGCUAAGUCACCACUUUCUCCUCCAUGGUGUCCACCCUUUCCUCCAGCACGGAAAGAUCGCUGCGGUCUGCUGCGAUUUCUUCCCAGUCUCAGCUCGGCCACCAUUUCGCCUUUGUCCUUGCGGGUCAACAUGCUUGUGGAGAUUGCUGCCAUAUCCGCAGAUAUUUGGGAUAAUGCGCCGGCAGCUGGUGAGUUGCGUAAUGAUUCCACCGCACUGGAGCUUGAGGAGGAGGGUGCCGGUGUAUCAGAGUCCAUGGCACCGCGGAGGCCAUGCGGUCUCGAUAGAAAGUCAUCCAUCGGGCCGGGCUGUUGCCGCGCUGGGGUCGCUCCGGAUGGCCCUGCGGUAGUGUCGCCUAUUCUUCCCCAUUUGUGUGUUUUUCUGCUGAAUGUUACUGGGCUUAGCAGGUUGGAGCUCGAGUUAGGUGCGUCUCACUCCAUCUGUGGUCAGGCCACGCCCCCGCCGAUUUUCAUUCCCCCUCCUCCUUGACUCCUCUCCUGCAACUGUCAAAAAUAACCUACUAAGUUCCAAGUGAAUACUUUUCUAGCAACCUAUUUCAUUACCCCUAUGUAGCGGAUGGCAUUGGGCUGUCCUCAGAAUUAUGUGUAUUCGUAUGUGUUCGGUUAAUUUUUGCCAUAUCUAUGUAAAUUGUAUGCAGCAUUUGCCUGAUUGUUCGGUAAAAUCACUCCAGUUCUUAUGUUAGUGAAACUACCGAACAAUCAGACCACACCAGGAAUAAGUGUGCCUCCAAUUACCGUUCACAACAAUAUUGCAAAUGGGUAAUUGGCAAUCAGUGCAGUGUGUGCUUUGUCCUCUGGGUGGCCGCCAUUCGGGAGACGAACACGUGGCGGAGGCCAUCUUAAACUCCCGAACAGCGGUGUUUUGCCGUCGAGUGUCUGGAACCCAUAUCGGACACUUGGUUAGGCAAACACUGCUGAGACCUCCACACUGCCGUCAAUUCGUGUAGGAACUACUGAACGGCUCCCCGUUCGGUAGAAAGAACCCCACGGACAAGGGGGUUUAUCCGAAUCCUCCCCAGUCUCCAUAACCCAAGCCGUUCGUGUAUUUUAUUCCCUUUUUCUGUGACCGACCUUAGGGACAAAAUUUAUGGAACCCCUUUCGGCUGUUAACUCCAGCGCGGUCCGAUCUGGGUGAUUUUUUUAAUAUGUUUCUCACCCAGAUCAGGGCUACCAGGGGAUGUAAUAUUUAAAUGGGUACCCCUAUGUUUAGGGGUACAUCCAGAAAAACAGGGGAACUGUGUACUGCAUAAUGGGAUUAUGAGUCAUACUAAGGGGAAGGGAUGUGUGGGUGGCACUCAUAUAUGAUUGGUGUACUGUAUGAUUACUGUAAAUCCCUCCCUUGCAUGGGAGAAAGCUUUAAAAGAAAGGUUGAGUGAUUAAAAGUUCAGUUCUGCUCCUGAUGCUGUGUGUCGUCCAGUCAUUGGGAUUGAUAUUGCCUGCUGGAAUUAUUGCCUUAUGGAUUUUUAAUACUUGUUCCUGAGCCUCACUGGGAUCUUGAGUGGAGAUAACCUGUGAAAUAUCAGCUCUUCGCUACACCCUACUUAUACCAUUUGUGUCACUAUACCCCACUCCAUCUAGCAUGUAAGCUCAUUGAGCAGGCCCUCAAUCCCUCUGUUACUGUGUCACAAUACCCCACUCCCUCUAGCAUGUAAACUCACUGAGCAGGCCCUCAAUCCCUCUGUUACUGUGUCACUAUACCCCACUCCCUCUAACAUGUAAACUCACUGAGCAGGGCCCUCAGUCCCUCUGUUACUGUGUCACUAUACCCCACUCCCUCUAACAUGUAAGCUCACUGAGCAGGGCCCUCAAUCCCUCUGUAACUGUGUCACUAUACCCCACUCCCUCUAACAUGUAAACUCACUGAGCAGGGCCUUCAAUCCCUCUGUUACUGUCACUAUACCCCACUCCCUCUAACAUGUAAACUCACUGAGCAGGCCCUCAAUCCCUCUGUUACUGUGUCACUAUACCCCACUACCUCUAACAUGUAAACUCACUGAGCAGGGGGCCCUCAAUCCCUCUGUUACUGUGUCACUAUACCCCACUCCCUCUAACAUGUAAACUCACUGAGCAGGCCCUCAAUCCCUCUGUUACUGUGUCACUAUACCCCACUCCCUCUAACAUGUAAACUCACUGAGCAGGCCCUCAACCCCUCUAUUACUGUCACUAUACCCCCUCCCUCUAACAUGUAAACUCACUGAGCAGGCCCUCAAUCCCUCUGUUACUGUGUCACUAUACCCCACUCCCUCUAACAUGUAAACUCACUGAGCGGGGCCCUCAAUCCCUCUGUUACUGUGUCACUAUACCCCACUCCCUCUAACAUGUAAACUAACUGAGCAGGCCCUCAAUCCCUCUGUUACUGUGUCACUAUACCCCACUCCCUCUAACAUGUAAACUCACUGAGCAGGGCCUCAAUCCCUCUGUUACUGUCACUAUACCCCACUCCCUGUAACAUGUAAACUCACUGAGCAGGGGCCUCAAUCCCUCUGUUACUGUGUCACUAUACCCCACUCCCUCUAACAUGUAAACUCACUGAGCAGGCCCUCAAUCCCUCUGUUACUGUGUCACUAUACCCCACUCCCUCUAACAUGUAAACUCACUGAGCAGACCCUCAAUCCCUCUGUUACUGUGUCACUAUACCCCACUCCCUCUAGCAGGUAAGCUCAUUGAGCAGGGCCCUCAAUCCCUUUGUUCCUGUGCGUCCAUUUGUCUGGUUACAAUUACGUGUCUGUUAGUCCACCCAUUGUACAGCACUGCGGAAUUUUGCUGGUGCUAUAUAAAUAAUAAAAUAAUAAUAAUAAUAAUAAUUUCCUCCAGGCCAUCAAAACGUGGGAUUCCUGAUAAUAAGCUAUUUAGAUCCCACAGUUUUUUUAAAAUACAGAAUCCUCAAAGGAAACAAAUGUGCAAGUUAUUUUAAAAUCAGCUGGUAAAAGCAUAAAACUACUGAUCAGUUUUAAAAUCUACCAAAACAAGUGGUGUUUUUUUAAAUAUUAAAUAAUGGUACAACAAUGACAACCACUUUCGAGAGAAAAGUAUUGAUGAUCACCAUUCGAACAUUCUAGAUAAUAUGUGUAGAAUUGCAAGACUGGUCGAAUCUCCCCUCAAUAAAAGUAUUUUUUAAACACUUUAUUUUUUUUAAACAAAUUUUCCUUAAAUUUCUUAUUAAGUUUCUUAUUAAUUGCUUACUAAAUAGAACUAAUUUUGGUUUUAACAGAUCAGAAGGACCGUGGCUUUGAAGUCGACUCGGGAAGUCCACCAAGCCCCAAUGCUGAGCAAUCCCUACAAUCUGAUGCAACUGCGAUUCGACCUGAAGCAGGAGAUAUGGAUGAAACGGAUGCUGUGGCGAGUCUGCCCACCUUUAGUGAUAUUCUGGUUUCAUACUCCACAUUCCCAGGUAUUGGUUCAUCCACAAAAUCAUUCAAUAUCUAUGAAAUCAUUUCUAUUUAUUGUUAGCAACAUAAUCCUUUCUGUUGCUGUUAUUGUGAAGUAGAAGACAAACAUUUGAUGCCCUAUUUAAUUGUUGAAAAUAUUGACUUGCUCAAGCCAAGAUCGGCAACAUAGAUAGAGACACUCCUUGGCCUCUCCAUUAGUUUCAAACCUACAGAAAAAAAUCUGGGUUCUAGCAGGUUGUGGCUCAGCAGGUACUUUAAUUUACCUCUGCAGGAUAUCAACCUCCAGUCCUUUCACUGGUCUUUUCCAGUUCCAAGCGUAUAUCCGGCUGUGGCGAUAGGUUAUUGUAUUUCCCACUCAGACAGCAGCAGUAUGUCGGUAGUGAACGUAGCAGCUGUCCUGUCCCUAGACUCUAUUAUACAACUUUGUGAUCUACUUUAAAGGGAACUUUUUCUCUCUUACUAACAAUAAUUUAUGUCUUCAGUAUUAAUCCCUCUGCAAUAUAUAUAUUUUAUUUUUGUUCUGUGGAAAUCUAAGUAGUUUAACAAAUACAUUUUUGUAAUACAGGAUUUGUAUCAUGGAGAGAUAAGGUUAUGGGCACGUGGUAUGUGGAAACAUUGGAUGAAAUUUUGGGGAGUCACGCAGGGACCCUUGACCUGCAAAAUCUGCUUCUGAGGGUAAGGAUUUCCUACUUUACACAUUAACAGCAAAUAAUAAUCGUGAGAGGGAAGCACGCACCAAGAUUUGGCUUAUUUUGAUGAUGUAAAUAGGAUCCAUUAUAUUCCCAUUAUGAAUGACAUUAUUGUAUUGGGAAUCCUUUUUUUUUGUCUGUCCAUAGCUGAUUGUUUCCUAUUGACACAGGUACAUCGCUAGUUCUGCUUUCUGAUUGGCAGUUUGGUUUUUUUUACCACACUAUUCUGUUAUACUUGAAAAGUAUUGAAAAUAGUAUAAAUAUAAUUAUUCAUUUUAUUACGAUGCCCAGAUCCCAAGCCUUAAGCAGAAUAUUUACUUGGAAUAGUUAUUUAAACAUAAUAAUAUUGUAAAGUUAAUUAAUAGAUGUUGGCUUUCAGGGUUAUUUACUGAAGGGAAUUUAACAUUUAAGGACAAAACAGCUAAACUGGAAACAUUCUCGAAGUCAAAUGUUCUUCCAGUUUAAAUUGUAAAUUCACUUUGAAUUCUCACUUUAGUGAACAGCCUGCUUGCAAUAUGUGGAAAUCGGAUGAGAGAGGUGAAUAGAUGUAUAUCUGUAUAAGGAUAUAUAUAAUUAUUAAAAGGACAUCGUAAAUAUGAAUUUAGAUAUUGAUAAGCGGAGCCAGAUUUUAAUAUUGAUCUGCGGAGAGAGAUGAUAUCUAAAUAAUAAAAUAAUAAUAAUAAUAAUUUCCUCCAGGCCAUCAAAACGUGGAAUUCUAGAUAAUAAUUUAGAUAUUGAUAAGCGGAGCCAGAUUUUAAUAUUGAUGUGCGGAGAGAGAUGUGUGAACAUAUGUAACCUGCUACUGACAUGCUGUCAGCCAUUUUGCUGUUUAUUCAUCAUCUUAAAAUAUAAUCAAAGAAGAAUAUUUACUCUAAGAAAUAAGAAGAACUAUGUUUUAUUGCUACAAUUUAUUAAUGGAUAUCUGGACUGUUUUUUGGAUUGCAAAAGGAAAAGUUAUUUUGAAAGCGUGUCUUGUCAGAUGUUGCCAGGGGGGGGAAAGGUGAAAUGUGUGCUUAAGUUGUGAAAGAGGAAGUCUUAUAUGUGUUAACUUUUAUCAUAGACAAGCGAUAUUUUAGCGAAGUAAGACGCAUGACUGUGGUCAAGUCAUCUGUUAGAAAGAUCAUGCUAUGCUUAAACUUGUGAACCUUAAAUUUGUCAGUUAUGCUAGAAUUUAGCCAAUAGGAAAUAAGACCAUAUUUGGAGUUCUGAUUCAAGCUAAACGAAAGGCUGGUUCCGGGUCAUAUGUAUAAAAUAUGAGGAAUUGUAACAUGAUGUUAGAUUGCUUCUUGCCAAUCUCCAUGAGAUAUCUCUGUGUAUUGUAAUGGUCAAUUAAACGCUUUUUAUUGAACCUGGUAAUAUUUUUGUCUACUUCCACAGAUGAUAUCUAAAUGAAUUGGAUCAUAUUUAUUGUGUCGGCUGCUCUUUAGGAUUUUCUCUUCUCCUUGCAUAACAGUUUCCCAGUUUAAACAAAGUACGGAGCUGUUCAGUGAAAACUAAUUUGAUGAAAACAUUUAAUUUAGUUUUCUUUCUUCUUUUGAUGCAGGUUGCCAAUAAAGUUUCAAGUAAAGGAACAUACAAGCAGAUCCCUGGAUACUUUAAUUUCCUGCGAAAGCGUUUUUUCUUUAGAACGUAGUUAAGAUUGCGGUGUGAUUGUUGCAGUGUUAAAUCAUCAGAGCGAGGCUCUGCACUAAUCUGAGAGAAAGCUCCAAAUUUUCAGGUCAGAGUGUUUUGCUUUUACUCCCUUAGUAAAUCUCGCCAGUUCUAUGCUUGCCUAAAACACUGACUGGAUGGUGAGAAUGAACUGCUAACUCUCCAAAUGCAUUAUGAUGCAGGACUGAAAAUUUCAGCACACCCGCCCAUGACUGGCGUAACAGCAUAUUGGCUGAUCAUUUUAACUCAGUGAGAGUUUAGAAAUCCUUUUCACUGAACACCCAGUGCAGGGAAGCUUGAAAAGCUUGGUUCGGGCACAUUGAAAGAAGAGAUAAUGCAGAGUUCUCUACCCAUCUACUUUAUAUUUGCCAAACAUGAACUUUUAUUGUUAUCUGAUCAUUGUAUCACAGUGAAUAAAGAGGUGUUGACUGAAAAUAAUUUAUAUAAAAAAAUGUAAUUACAUAUGUGCACUUUAAAGAGGGAAAAAAAUCUAUUGUUUAUGCUAAUUGAAAUGCCGAAAAAUACAUUGAAUUUUUUUAUUUUUUUGUUACAUCCGUGUGUCAACACUAAUCUGUUAUCAAACAAAAAUUUCAUUAAAACAAUAACUGCAAAUAAAAUAUAUAUUUCAGAAUAUCAGGCUACAGUUGCUGUAUUCUUCCUGCUUUGAGGUUCAUCUCCCAACAGAUUGACUUAAAUAAAUUAGGGAUCGACCGAUAUUGAUUUUUUAGAGCCGAUACCGAUACCGAUAUUCCGUGAACUUUCAGGCCGAUAGCCGAUAUAAUUUGCCGAUAUUCU